GCCGCCAGCCUGGUGAAAGGCGUCAGCUACAAGUACAAGGAGGAGCUGUCGGCGCAUCUCAUGGUGGCGGGAUGGGACCGGAAGAAAGGGGGGCAGGUGUACGGGACGCUGGGGGGGAUGCUCACCCGCCACCCCUUCGCCAUCGGCGGCUCCGGCAGCACCUACAUUUACGGUUACGUGGAUGCAGCCUAUAAGCCCGGGAUGACUCCAGAGGAGUGUUGCCAGUUCACCAAGAACG